GGGAGUUAAAAAAACAAAGACAAACCAAAGCGUUCGCAACAUUAGAGGUUGGUUGGGUCGCUCCGGGGUGGGGACUGGUGGGUGGAUUAGGUCUGCAAAAUACAACUUGAUAAGUCUAAAUACUAAGACUAACGUUCAGGAGCCAAUAGAAAAGCUAAAAAGAUGCCACUGCUCUUGACCACUCUGUCUUCCGUGGUGUUAAUCCUGUGUCCCACCACAGGAGUCGAUGCAUCACGAUGGCGGCACACGUCUAGUGAGCCUGCUUUUGAACUUCCAGCUGCGUUGCCGAGAAACAGAAUACUAGGAGUUAAAUCAAAGGCUCCACCUACUUCUUCUAGAAGUACUAGUACUACAACAUCCGAGAAGUUUGGACAAGAGCAUCGGAAACUACUAGUGUGCAACGCAGUGCCAGAGUGGAGUGGCGUGACCCUGCAGAGAAACAACAUUUCCCCGAAGAAGAAUGCGUUGUUGCAUUCGAAUAUUAUGUUCAAAGUCAAACUCAAAGUAAAAAAAAAAUGAACAACUUAGUUUAUUUAGAUAUUUGGAUUACUUGACUCUUUUGGUUUUUUGUUUCCUAGUUAGGUGUGCUCCACCGAUAAUAUUAUGUUCAUCCCAAUCUCAAAGUCAAAUCUUUUCUGAUCAUUGAGUUCCACUUUCACUCACUGCGUGUACGUCAAUAAUAUGUUGUGGUCAUUGAAUUAUGUAUUUCAUUAUAGUACAACUAAAAAAAAAACAACCGGUCGUUAGUUUUUACCUCUUCUAUAGGCUUAGCCCUUCAAGCAUUAUAGUACAACUCUGGCAGAGUCUUGUCUCUAAAAGGAACUGUCGCUUCAUCCGUGGCGCAUUGUACGAAGGGGAUCGCAUUGGUUUCAACUUCCAGAAGGAAGAAGCCAAGGGCAGUUUCGAAGUUCGGGAACUCCCUAAGGGAGAUAGCGUGCUGUUGUUGAUCGUAUUAUUGAUUUGAUUUCCUUCUACUUGCUGUAUCUACUAGACCCUUUUGAACCUGAUGGUCCUUCUAAUAUCUACCCACAACCACUAGGUCCAAAAGCGUCUAGCAGAUCCAUCUUCAAAGCUGCUAGCUUUCCAGUCCUUCGGUUUUUCACCGGCAGCCGAGUCAGCGGCGCAAGCGGUUCAGGAGCUGGACCAUGAUAUUUCUGUGCUUGCUAGUGGGAAGUUAUGGCUUUGUCGAUUAGCAUUUGUUUCUACUAGAAGUUGGACAUAAUUUUCAACCACCUACCUGUAGUUGACAUCAAAGUUGCUCCAAGAUCAUAAUCACUCUCUCCUAUGAAUAUUAUCCUACACGACCACAUGCACAUCCUACUCCUACAUGCGUCUAACCUGAGCACUGUACCACCAUCAAGCCCCUACAACUUCUCCAGCGCAUCGUCCAGACGCACAGGUAGCUUUCUUAGAUGCGGUUGCUGAGGAUAGGACUGACGGCAGCCUAUGGAUGGCAGAUGCGCGCAAACGCGGGAAGGCUACCAGAGAAGAACGUGUCUUUUUCAACCGUGUAUAUGGGAUCGCAGGUGGAGAGUACGAAGUCCGGUUAGCGAAGACUGAUGGUUCAACAGAAGCGAGAGAUUCAGCGACAAAUAAUGGAGAAAAGGGCUCAGAAGUGUUGACCAAGAAGCUUCGACUGACGCCCGGGAAGGAUUACGUAGUACUGAAAACAGGUAACACUUGGACCUAAUCUACCAUUCGUCUUCGUUACAUUUGAGAAGAUAUUUUCGUCCCAUAAAAAUCUCGAAGAAAACUCUACGAGAAAACUCGAAAUUAUAAAACCACAAAAGGAAAUUGGCAAUACUUCUCUCCCUCGCGUACAAUCCUCACAGGUACGCAGCUCAAUUCAUCCCUCGUCGUUUUCCCCGAUGAUGCUGCCAUGGAUCCCGGCGACUAUCAUAUGUUUGCGAUGUUGCAAAUGAUCGCUAUAGCGGGUCCGAUUGCUGCUGCUGGCUAUAUUUUGCACUCCUAUGGUGCAUUCAAAUGGCCUUCUAGGGGUGCGAGAGCAGUUGCUCCUUGAUGAUGAUGUUACCCAGAUGAAUCAAUGAAGCAAUGCGAGUAGAAUGUCAUUAUCCACAAUAUCAUGUCUACCUUUUUUUCCCCUGCAUAUCAUGACCGAUUCGAAGAACUAG